UCUGGGUGAUUCACACUUUUCCGGGUCAGGUCUAGACAGCCACACUGGGAUCAGGCUGAGGACUCCGAGGGAUGAGACCCAGGCAGGACCUGGGGCGAGAAGAUGGCCAGUGGGGGCAGUAACCUCAGCAUCAGGAUGUGUGCAGAAGACCAGAACAUAAAAAACAGUCCUAUCUAUGAAACUGCAUUCAAACACUUCAAAACACAUAAGCUUGAGAUUUCAAAAGCAAUAAAUAAGUCAUUCCCGUUCCUUGAACUCCUUCGUGACCAUGGACUCAUCACCGAUAAAAUGUAUGAAGAUUAUCAAGAAUCGCAUAGAAAUCUGGUUCCUUUAUGGAGAGUGGUGUACAAUGUUCUUAGUGAACUGGAGAAGAAAUUUGACAUGUCAGUACUGGAAGCAGUGUUCAGCGAGGUCAACAUGAAGGAAUACCCUGAUUUAACUCACAUGCGUACAUACUUUGAAAAUGGUAUCCAGCAGAAAAUUUAUCACCAAGCAAGUGAUGGGAAAAAGCUUACAGCGAACCCCAACACCCAACUAAGCCUUGAACAAGAAGCUCCCCAAAUGGGUAGAGAAGAAGAAUCUGAAGAGCUUACCUGUAGCCUACUGCCCUGUGAUCAACAAGAGCUACCAGCACAUGGAAGUGACCAGUGUUCCUGUGUUAUGUGCUUCUCAAAAGAUGUGCCAGGAGGUGUGGAGCCACGGACUGAAAGGAGUCAAGAUAAUGCAGGUCUUGGAAACAAUUCUACUUUGGGAAAACACAAGAGGAAAAGAAAUUCAGAGCUACCAGCACAUGGAAGUGACCAGUGUUCCUGUGUUAUGUGCUUCUCAAAAGAUGUGCCAGGAGGUCAGGAGCCAAGCAGUGGAAGGAGUCAAGAUACUGUGCAUAAUGGAAACAACUCUACUUUGGGAAAACACAAGAGGAAAAGAAGAAAAAAGAGAGGACAUGCCUGGACAAGAUAUAAAAAGAGAUGGCAGAGAAUCAUAUAUCAAGGAGGGAAAAAGAGAGGCAGACGUAGAAUCCACUUAAAUAGUACCAACAGAACCCUAAGGAAGAGAAUCCUGUCAAGACGCAAGAAAAGGUCAAGAAAGUACAGAGAUAACACUGUGGAUUUUCACUCUGAAAUACUUCCUGUGACCUGUGGACAUGUGAAAGGGAUGUUAUAUAAGAAGAAAUUGAAACAAGGAGUCAUGAGGAAGUGCAUACAGAGUGAGGAUGGGCAUUGGUUCACUCCCAGAGAAUUUGAAGUCAAAGGAGGCUGUGAAAGAUGGAAGGCCUGGAGGAGAAGUUUGUACUGCGGCAGGAGAACCCUAGGAUGGCUGAUGGAGAAAGGAUUUCUCUAUAAUCCUCCAAGAAUAUAUGGAAGGAGAAAAAAGCGGAGAAUAUCAAACUCUCACAAUAGUAUCUUAGCUGACCUGUGUGUGGGAAAUUCAGACAUAUGUGAGAUCUGCCUGGAUGGAGGAACACUCUUCUGCUGUGACACAUGUUCCAGAUCCUUUCAUGAGGACUGUCACUUUCCUCCUGUGGAGACUGAGAGGAGCCCGUGGAGUUGCAUCUUCUGCAGGAUAAAGGAGUUUUCAGGAAGUCAGCAGUGCAUCAGGGAAUCUGAGGUCCUGGCGAGGCCAAUGGGGCCUGAGGAACAGCUGAAAUGUGAGUUCCUCCUCUUGAAAGUAUAUUGCCAUACAGAGAGCACAUUUUUUGCGAAGAUUCCAUAUUAUUAUUAUAUCAAAGAAGUUUCUCAAAACCUAAGGGAACCUAUGUGGUUGGACAAAAUCAAGAAGAGGCUAAGUAAGAGGUGUUACUGCAAAGUGGAGGAGUUUGUGCGGGACAUGCGCCUCAUCUUUCAGAACCACAGGGCAUCGUACAAGUACAAUGACUUUGGCUUAAUGGGCCUUAGACUGGAGGCGGAAUUUGAGAAGACUUUCAAGGAAGUGUUUGCUAUUCAGGAAACAAAUGGAAGCAGUUCACCGGUAUACUGAAUGCUGCUGGUACUGCAGGAAAUCACCCUUGGGGACCGACUUGUCAUUCUGUGGCUGCUGUGAGGGUUGGCUGCCAAUCUACCUCUGAGUGGCAUGACUCAUGCUCCCUACCCAGCUCAGGCUGGAGCUAGUCCCAGCUGUGACCAGAUCCUCGCUUAGCUUUCCACCAUGCCAUCCUGCUCCCCUGACCGCUCCUUCUCCUGAGAGAUUUCUCACAAUAAACGACUGACUGAAGGGA